CAAAGUUUGAUUAGCUAUUAGGCUCUAGAUAUCUAUGUCUAGAUAUCUAGUCUAGAUCUAAAUUGUAGCUAAUAUAUUAGAUGACUUCAUUUCCAACAUUUCUUCAUUAUAUUGUUUUUUCAUAUUUAAUUCAUAAGAUAGUAGACAACCAGUCCAAGUUAUUCUAACUAGACAGUACAGUCAUGAGUGCCAAAGAUGCCUCUGUCAGUAAAAGCAAAGUAUCAAGAAGUAAAUCACUCGCAGCGUCGAAGGAGACAAUAUCUACCGUUGGAGUGGAUUCAGCACAGAUUGUUGCAAAAGAAGCUAGAGAAGACAGGCGUUCACAGAUAUUAAAAACUCAUAAGUAUUUAUUUUUGAAUGUCUCUCAUUAUUUGUGUCUAUCUGCUGAUGAAGUCGAAGAGUUUGCUUUGGAUGAAGAAAAUUCUCUCAGGAAGUUAGUCAGAUUCACAAACAAAGAUGAAACCAUCCUCUUUUUUCAAUAUCAGCAAAGACAGCCACUAACUUUUGAAGAAUGUGGUCGAGUCAUGGGCAGGGGAGCUACAUCUGUGAUGAGACUUUUUGUUACUUCUGGUGACGGAGUAGCCCUUGAAAGCAAGUGUGUUUAUUUCUUGAAGAAAUCCCCGGCACCAUUAGAAGACAAAAACAUUUCUGAUGAAGUCAUUGCUGGAAGUUUCACAAUGAAAGCUGGAAGUACUAUUCUUGGUGUCUUCUCGGACAGCGUGUCUAGGACAUACUAUCCAGCUCUUUAUCACUUGAAAUAUUGGGCAGUAAAUAAACACAUCUCUGAUCAACAUUACUGCACCUAUAACGAACUGUUCGUCAGUGUUGAUGACUUUAUUCAGCACACUCAGUGGGCAGAGAAACAUGUGAAUGAAAUGGUUGAACUAAAAACAUUGGAUCCAGAUCAAAUGACUAUACUGGCUGGAAUCACGACCGUCGCCGACUGUUUAGCUGCUGCACAAUCCAAAGUCAUCAUAUCACUUGCAGAAGAAAUUGUUAAUCUGUGGUGUCAACAAGUUGAAAUGCUGUUAAAUGCCGCAGGACGCAUUAGACGUGAAGCCGACGAUAUAGGUCCAAAGAAAGAGCUGGAAUUUUGGCUUGGACGUACGGCCCAUUUCAGCUACCUACUUCAACAGAUUCGCUCUAGGCAAGCCAAAACUGUGUUUCACAUUCUGCACAUUUGCAAAUCUCCUGUGAUGUCUGAAUGGAGAGAACUUGAUAUGAAAAUUACUGAUCAAGCCAACGAAGCUCGAGAUAAUACCAAAUAUCUGUAUACGCUAGAGAAAUAUUGCGAGCCACUAUACAGAUGUCAGCCUAUCAACAUGUUAGACAAAUUAUCGGGUCUUAUUGGCACCAUUCGAUUAAUCUACAACUUCUCACCCUAUUAUACUAGUACUGACAAGGUCUCCAGUUUAUUUGUCAAGAUCACAAACCAAAUAGUUACAAGCUGUAAGAACUAUGUCUCUGAUCAUGGAACAACAAGACUAUGGGAUAUGCAGAAAAACGAGUUAUAUACAAGACUGAAGCACUGUAUCAGAUUGUUUGAAGCGUAUAUCAACAUUUACACUAGAACGAAAAAGAAAAUUGCCAACACUCAAACAGAACGUCCCUUCAAUUUCUCUGAAAUGUAUAUUUUUGGUAAAAUCCACACAUUCAGAAAUCGUAUUGAUAAAAUAAUAUGCUUGCUAGAAUAUUGCAACCAGUUUUCCUCUCUGGAUUCUUGUACCAUUGAAGGUAUUGAAACAUUAUCAGCAAGAUUUAACUCUCUGUAUCUCAAUUUAAAAAAAAAAGGAUAUGAUUUGCUCAAUUACAAAAACUUGGCUUUUGAUGAAGAUUUUGAUAAGUUUCAAGAACUGGUGGACGACUUGAAGCUUCAGUUGAAAAAGUUCAUGAACGUGACAAUGAACAAUUUGAAACAAAGUUCAGAUAAACUGGAUAUGAUGAAAAGAUUUGAUAGUCUGAAUCUUGAUUUCUUGGACAUUGAAAAAGGUUACAUGGACAUAUUAACCUUGUACAAUUACGAACUGGAUAAUUUACAACACAUUUACGAACGAGACAAAGAAGAGCCACCAAUUCAAUGGAAUCUGCCUCCAAUAUCUGGACGAAUUUACUGGUUGCGUCUAAUGUUUCAUAACAUAGGCCAGCCAAUUUUUACAUUACAGAAUUAUCGACCAUCGGUUAUGAAAACUCUGGAAGGAAAACGAGCAAUUUAUCGCUACAACAAAUUUGCUUUUGUUUUAGCAAAGUGUGAGGUUCUAUUUCAUAUUGCUUGGUUUCGAUCAGUAGAUGCUGCCUAUAACUGUCUCCAAGUACCAAUAUUAGCACGAGAUCCAAAAACACGGGAUUUAAUCAUUAACUUUGAUCCCUACGUCUAUGAAGUGAUUAAAGAGGCUCAUUAUAUGGUGAAGCUGGGAUUACAAGUCCCGAGAGAAAUGAUUCAGCUAAUUCAUUCUUGCCAUAAUAUUACUAGCACUUAUCGUAAAGUCCAGAUGAUGUUAACUCAAUAUGCCUCUCUAAAAUCAACAAUACCUGAUAUGUUUAUGACACUAAUGCAGCCCUCCUUAUUUAAAAUUGACAGCCUCAUUUUUCCUGCUCUAACAACCAUUACUUGGACAUCCCUUGAAACAAGCAAUUACUUCAAAGAGUUAGACAAGGCUUUUGAAGAGUUUAGUCUUUUGAUCAAAACAGUGUGUGACAUUAAAUACACACGCAUUGAUGCAAAAUUAGUUCAGAUUGCAGAUACUUUACUUUGUUCACUGCCUACAGUCUCACCCUGGAGUGUUGAGGAGUUUCUUAUUAAUACACAGGAAAACACACAGAACCUGGGAGAUGAACUGAAUACCCUCAAUUUAAUGAUCUGUGAUACCGUAUAUGAACUGUUAAGAACUUUCGUCAACAACGCAGUGGUGGAAUAUAAAAGCUUGGAGCGUAUUUACAAUGAAGAACAAAAAAUUGGAGAUGCAGAAUUGACAAAAUGCAUGUUAACAACGCACACAAUGUCCGCUAUAGCUACACUGUCUCUCAAUGGAGAUCAAGAUCGUGGACCUCUACCAGAAGAUUUAAUGUCUAGAGACAACUACAAACAUUGUUGUCUGAAUCUGUUUGAAGAGUUUAAAACUCGCAUGAUUGAUGCUCUAGUGAAAUGUGUCCGAACGUCUUUAGCGGCUUUGCGAAAGAGAUUUUUAGCUGGUAUACCAAGAGCUACUGCUCAGACCAGCAUGCAGGGUACUGGUGAUGAUGAUGGAAAAGUAUUUACAGGACCAUUUUUUUCAGUAGAUGUAGAGCUAGCUAUUCCUAAUGUGGUGACUAACCCGGACAUCACAAAGAUUGUCAAUGCAUUAAACAAAGCAGUAACUAGAAUUAUAGAAGUUGGAAAACGAAUUGAAAUUUGGGAUCCACCAAACCCAGCAAUCUUUGUCAAACUAGGUGUUCCAAUGAGUAAAGAAUCCACCAGUACAACUUUGUUUUUAAAGAAAAAUUGUUUCAAAAUCAUUGGCGAGAAUAAAGAUGUGAUGAAAUACACCACUCUUGGUGCCAUUGCUUCUCCUGUUGGGGAAGAAAUAAAAAAGUCACUCAAAAAAUUUUCUGAGUUUCAAUUCAUUUGGCAGGACGAAAGAGAAAAAGUGUUACAGGACUUUAUGAAAACUAACCCUGACAUCUAUGAAUUCAAAGAACAGUACAUCAGGCUUAAAGUGAUGGAGGAGGAUGUAGCUAACAUUACCCCAAAUGUUGUCAUAGGGCCUAUUUCUUUGAACACGGAGCAUUUGAAGUUAGCCAUACAAGUGGAGCUAAGUGAGUGGAAGCGUGCCUAUGGACGUGAGCUGAACAAUAUCAUGAAGAAGAGAGUGGAUGAGAUGACAGAGUAUAUGGCAAGCCAAUCGAAAUUGCUGAAUAAGCCAGUCAAAGAUUUGGACGAUGUCCGGCAGGCUAUGGCAAGCUUGACUUCUGUGAAAGAAAACUACAUUCGUUUGGAUGAGGAAAUGUUGCCUAUUGAGGAAGCUUAUGCUUUAAUGUCCAACUUGAGCAUGACAGUACCGAAGGAAGAGACGGAUAGAGCAGACUCAUUACGUUACACCUACGAGAAGAUGUUAGAGCAAUGUAGCCAAGUAACAGAUGUACUGAUGGAAGUACAACCAUCGUUUAAAGAAGACUUGACGCAAUCUGUGGAGAUAUUAAAAAUAGACGUUGCUGCUUUUGUUUCUGAUUAUGAUAAGAAAGGUCCUAUGGAACCAGGAAUACCUCCUGCUGUUGCAAAUGAAAGGAUGCAAAAUUUUCAGAUGCAAUUUGACGAUUUAUAUCAUAAACAUGUCAUCUACUCACAAGGAGAGGAUUUAUUUGGUUUACCUAAAACUGAAGAACCUGAACUUCUGAGAGUUAGGAAAGAGUUAAAUCUUUUACAAAAACUUUAUGGACUGUACAACAGUGUGAAUACAAUAAUUGAUGGUUACAAUGAACUCAGUUGGUCAGAAGUAGAUUGUGAGAAGAUAAAUGCGGAACUUACAGAAUUACAAAAUAGAUGCCGACGCUUACCUAAAGCAUUGAAAGAUUGGCCUGCAUUUAACGAUUUGAAAAAGAAAAUUGACGACUUUAAUGAAACAGUUCCACUGCUAGAAUUGAUGGCAAAUAAAUCAAUGCAAGGACGACAUUGGCAAAGAAUACAAAAUGUAGCCAACUAUAAGUUUGACUUUGAUGUCAGCUCAGAUCUACCGAUGGACCAGAUUAUGGAAAGUGUACACUUAAAAGAUAUAAUGAGUGCCCCCCUGCUACCUGUGAAAGAUGAUGUAGAAGACAUUUGUAUCUCGGCUGUUAAAGAAAAAGAUAUUGAUGCCAAGUUGAAGCAAGUCAUGGCCGACUGGAGUAAUCGAACUCUAACUUUCAUGCAAUUUAAAAACCGUGGCGAGCUUUUACUUAAGCCUGGAGACACUGUGGAGACCAUUGGAUUGCUUGAAGAUUCUUUGAUGAUAUUAAGCUCACUUAUGAGCAACAGAUAUAAUGCACCCUACAAACCCAAAAUACAAACCUGGGUUCAAAAUUUGAGCACCACUGCUGACAUACUAGAACAAUGGAUAGUGGUACAAAAUCUCUGGGUCUAUCUUGAAGCAGUAUUUGUGGGGGGAGACAUUGCUAAGCAACUACCACAGGAAUCCAAACGCUUUGCAGCCAUUGAUAAAUCGUGGUUAAAAGUAAUGCAAAGAGCCCAUGAAAAUGACAACGUGAUUGCUUGUUGCGCUACAGAUGACACGAUGCAACAGAUUCUACCUCAUCUACAAGAACAACUAGAAUUGUGCCAAAAAUCUUUAACAGGGUACUUAGAAAGAAAGAGAUUACUUUUUCCAAGAUUCUUUUUUGUAUCAGAUCCUGCAUUGUUAGAGAUAUUAGGGCAGGCCAGUGACUGUCAUACUAUCCAGGCUCAUUUAUUGGGUUUAUUUGACAAUAUCAAAAGCGUGGAGUUUCAUGAAAAGGUUUACGACCUGAUACUAUCAUGUGUGUCAAGAGAAGGAGAAAAAAUUGAUUUAGAGACACCUGUUCGUUGUGAGGGCAAUGUGGAACAGUGGCUGGAUACAUUGAUGAAUGAACAGCAAAAGUCUUUACACGGCAUUAUAAGAGAAGCUUUCCGUGCCGUCUGUGCUUCGGAGUUUGAGCUCUACACAUUCUUGAACAAUUUUCCAGCACAGAUUGGACUUUUAGGAAUACAAAUCUUAUGGACAAAAACUUCAGAGGACGCUUUAAAAGCAGCGAAAUUUGAUAAAAAGUUUAUGAUUAACGCCAACAAUUACUUUUUAAAUUUAUUAAACAUGUUGAUUUCUAAGACUACAGAAGAUUUGAAACCUAUGGAGAGAGUCAAAUAUGAAACUCUGAUAACAAUACAUGUACAUCAACGAGAUAUAUUUGAUGAUCUAACCAAAAGAAAUGUCAACUCGCUAAGUAGCUUCGAUUGGUUAAAACAAGCCAGAUUUUACUUCAAUGAGGAAACCGAUGUUUGUCAUGUUGAUAUCACAGACGUAGUAUUUGUUUACCAAAAUGAAUACUUAGGAUGCACUGAUAGAUUAGUCAUCACUCCUCUGACUGACAGAUGCUACAUUACUUUAGCACAAGCAUUAUGGAUGUCUAUGGGUGGAGCACCAGCUGGUCCAGCUGGAACGGGUAAAACAGAAACAACAAAAGACAUGGGGCGAUGCUUAGGCAAAUAUGUUGUUGUGUUUAACUGUUCUGAUCAGAUGGACUUUAGAGGAUUAGGUCGAAUAUACAAAGGUCUUGCCCAGUCAGGUGCUUGGGGUUGUUUCGAUGAAUUCAAUCGCAUAGAGUUGCCGGUCCUCUCAGUGGCUGCUCAACAAAUUUACAUUGUGCUCUCAGCAAAAAAAGAUAAAAAGAAAGAAUUCAUUUUUUCAGACGGUGAUCACGUAUCUCUUAAUCCAGAAUUCGGAAUAUUUUUAACCAUGAACCCGGGUUAUGCUGGAAGACAAGAAUUGCCAGAAAAUUUAAAAGUUCAGUUUAGAACUGUAGCAAUGAUGGUACCUGACCGUCAGAUUAUUAUGAGAGUCAAACUGGCAUCUUGUGGAUUUAUUGAGAACAUUGUCUUGGCGCAGAAGUUCUACACAUUAUAUAAAUUGUGUGAGGAACAACUUUCAAAACAAGUUCAUUACGAUUUCGGUUUACGAAACAUCUUGUCUGUCUUAAGAACACUUGGAGCAGAGAAAAGAUCUCGACAAGAGGACACGGAGAAUACUAUUGUCAUGAGAGUACUUCGAGAUAUGAAUCUGUCCAAACUAGUAGACGAAGACGAGCCACUAUUUUUGAGCUUGAUCUCAGAUUUGUUUCCAGGAAUAAAUUUAGAUAGCGCCACCUAUACGGAAUUACAGAGCUACCUGAAAAAAAGAAUAGAGGAAGCUGGACUCAUAAAUUAUGACGCGUGGAACUUAAAGAUUGUUCAAUUAUUUGAAACCCAACGUGUCAGACAUGGCAUCAUGACCCUGGGACCUUCAGGUGCAGGUAAAACCUGUUGUAUCCGUAUUUUGAUGAGUGCCCUGAAAGAUCUGGGUAACCCUCACAAAGAGAUGAGGAUGAACCCUAAAGCCAUUACAGCACCACAAAUGUUCGGCCGUUUAGAUGCUGCCACAAAUGAUUGGACAGAUGGCAUAUUUUCUACCCUGUGGAGACGCACAUUAAAAGUUAAAAAAGGAGAACAUGUCUGGCUAAUACUUGAUGGCCCUGUGGAUGCUGUUUGGAUUGAAAACCUCAACUCUGUGUUGGAUGACAAUAAAACUUUAACUUUAGCUAAUGGAGAUCGAAUACCAAUGGCUCCUACUUGCAAAAUUCUCUUUGAAGUUCACAACAUUGAUAAUGCUUCACCAGCAACUGUCUCAAGGAAUGGCAUGAUUUUUAUGUCCUGCUCUGUUCUGCCUUGGCAGCCUAUAUUAGAGGGAUGGCUGUUAAAAAGAUCUUCCAACGAAAGUAGCACUUUACUGCCUUUAUUUGAAAGUAUAUAUAACGAUACGGAACAUUUCACUACGCUUAACACCGAGGCAAAAAUGGAGGUCCUUUCAUGUAUCAAAAUAAGACAGAUGUGUGAUUUGUUGGAAGGUUUAAUUCCUGCUUCUGUUGAAGAAAGAAAGAACAUGACAGCUAACCAUAUGGAGCACCUGUUUAUAUUUGCUUUAAUGUGGAGCCUAGGAGCCUUGUUAGAAUUAGAUGAUAGAACCAAGAUGCAAGAAUUUCUUCUCAAGCAUAAAUCAAAACUCAACUUUCCAAAAAUUACUGGAGACGAGACAAUAUUUGAAUAUCUAGUUGCAGCAGAUGGCAAGUGGCUUCACUGGCGUAACAGAGUCGAGGAAUACAUUUAUCCCAGCGAUUCAGUUCCUUUGUUUACAUCUAUCCUGGUGCCUAACGUGGACAACGUACGAACUGACUUCCUGAUAGAACUUAUAAGUAAACAAAAUAAAGCUGUUCUUUUAAUUGGUGAGCAAGGUACAGCAAAGACAGUCAUGAUUCAGGCUGCCAUGGCGAAAGCCAACUCUGAAGAAAGAUUAAGCAAAAGUUUUAAUUUUUCUUCUGCCUCGACGCCUGGAAUGUUUCAGCGAACUAUAGAGAGCUACGUGGAGAAACGUGUCGGGACUACCUAUGGGCCACCUGGAGGGAAGUCGAUGACUGUGUUUGUCGAUGAUAUUAAUAUGCCAGUCAUUAACGAAUGGGGAGAUCAGGUGACCAAUGAAAUUACUCGUCAAAUGAUGGAAAUGAAAGGAAUGUAUAGUCUGGAUAAGCCCGGGGACUUCAUCAAUAUUGUAGAUAUCAACUUUAUGGCCGCAAUGAUUCAUCCAGGCGGUGGUCGCAAUGAUAUCCCUGAAAGAUUAAAGAGACAGUUCUGUAUAUUUAACUGCACACUGCCUUCAAAUAAUUCUAUAGACAAAAUAUUUGGUGUCAUUGGAGAGGGCUACUUUUGUAGUACUCGCUUUGUUUCUAUAGUGGUGGACUUGGUCAAGUUACUGGUGCCAUGUACACGUAUUGUUUGGCAAAAAGUCAAAGUGAAGAUGCUUCCAACACCUGCGAAAUUCCAUUACAUUUUUAAUUUAAGAGAUCUGUCUCGUAUAUGGCAAGGCAUACUUUAUAUCAAGGGAGAAGAAUGUUUGACUGUUCGAACCAUGCUCAAUCUGUGGAAACACGAAGUAUGUCGAGUUAUUGAGGACAGAUUUGUCAAUGAAGAAGAUAAAAUGUGGCUUCAAAAAACCAUUCAAAUUGUCAUUACUGAAGAGCUUGGUGCAGAUAUUGCUCAGCUGUUACUUCCCUUACCCCACUUUGUGGAUUUCAUGAGAGAAGCCAAAGAAGAAGCUCCUGCGGAUGAAGAGGGAGGAGCUGGUCAGGCUAACGAAGAGGAAGCUGUUGAAGUGCCCAAAAUUUAUGAAAUAGUGGAAGACUAUGACAUUUUAAAAAACAGACUCAAAACUUACGCUAAAGAUUACAAUGAGCAAGUUCGUGGAUCAAACUUAGAUCUUGUGUUUUUUAAAGAUGCGAUGAUACAUCUCAUGAAGAUCUCUCGUAUUAUACGUACACAAAGAGGUGCCGCAUUGUUGGUAGGUGUUGGCGGCUCAGGAAAACAGUCGUUAACUAAACUUGCCUCUUUCAUGGCUGGCUACUCCUUCUUUCAAAUUACUGUCACCAAAGCUUACAAUAUCAACAACUUGAUGGAUGACCUCAAGUACCUGUAUCGAGUGGCUGGACAUCAAGGAAAAGGAAUCACAUUUAUAUUUAGUGAUAAUGAAAUUAAAGAUGAGAGUUUCCUGGAGUAUAUCAAUAACGUCCUCAGUUCAGGGGAGAUUUCCAAUCUCUUUGCACGAGAUGAAAUCGAUGAAAUAACUGGAGAACUGAUCGGAGUUAUGAAGAAAGAGUUUCCCAAACGACCACCAACACAAGAGAAUCUGUAUGAGUACUUUAUGUCUCGUGCACGAGCUAAUUUGCAUACCGUACUUUGUUUCUCACCUGUAGGCAACAAGUUCCGCAUGCGUUCAUUAAAAUUUCCCGGUUUGAUUUCUGGUUGCACUAUGGAUUGGUUCAGCAAGUGGCCACGUGACGCUCUUGUAGCAGUGGCCCUCCAUUUUCUCGGCCCAUUUCAAAUGGAAGCAACAAAUGAUGUGAAGACAAAUCUGAUAGAAAUGAUGGGUAUAGUGCAUGAUGGUGUGGCACUAGUCUGUAUUGACUAUUUUGAAAGAUUUCGACGACAGGCAAACGUUACGCCCAAGUCGUAUUUGUCAUUUCUUGACGGAUAUAAAACUUUAUACAUAUCAAAGGUCGAGGAACUUCAGGAACUAGAGAGAAAGAUGAACGUGGGUCUUGAAAAAUUAGCAGAAGCAGCAGAAUCUGUUGACUUGUUAAGUAAAGAACUAGUUGUUAAAGAGAAAGAGCUGGAGGUCGCUAAUAAAGCUGCUGAUAAGAUUGUCGCUGAAGUGGCUGUCAUGGCUGAAGCUGCAGAAAAAGUCAAAGCAUCGGUUCAGAAAGUAAAAGACAGAGCACAAAAUAUUGUGGAUGAGAUAGCAGCAGACAAAGCAGUUGCUGAAGUCAAACUGGAAGCAGCUAAACCAGCCUUACAGGCAGCAGAAGAUGCUUUAAAAACAAUAAAACCAUCAGAUAUCGCCACCGUAAAAAAAUUGGGUAAACCUCCUCACUUAAUCAUGAGAAUCAUGGAUUGCUGUUUGAUUUUGUUUCGUAAAAAAAUUGAUUUUCUAGAACAAGAUCCUGAACGUCUUUGCCCCAAGCCUUCAUGGCAAGAAGCGCUGAAGUUAAUGGGUCAGAUGAGCUUUUUGCAACAACUUAUGGACUUCCCUAAAGAUACAAUUACAGGAGAAACAGUGGAAUUAAUGGAACCUUAUAUGAGAAUGGAGGACUAUACUUUUGAAUCCGCACUUAAGGUAUGUGGCCAGGUAGCCGGCCUGCUGUCUUGGACUAAUGCCAUGGCGUUUUUUUAUGGGAUAAACAAAGAAGUGCUUCCUUUGAAGGCUAAUUUAGUCAAGCAGGAAGCCAGAUUGAAGUCUGCCUCUACUGAGUUGUCAGUUGCUCAGGCUGCAUUAGACGAGAAACAGGCAGAACUCAAUGUAGUGCAAGCGAAAUAUAAUGGAGCAAUGUCUAAGAAAAAGGCACUCAUGGAUGAUGCAGAAUCAUGCCGUAAGAAAAUGGAUGCUGCUACUUCGUUGAUUUCAGGUUUAGGUGGAGAACAAGUACGAUGGACAGCACAAAGCUUAGAGUUUAGAGACCAAAUAACUCGUCUGACAGGGGAUGUGCUCAUAUGCACGGGAUUUCUUUCUUACGCUGGACCAUUCAAUCAAGAUUUUAGAACAAAAUUGAUUCACAAUUGGUCAGCAGAAUUGGGCUUUAGAAAAAUUCCGUUUACCAAAAAUAUGAACAUUUUGGAUUCUUUGGUGGAUACCACAACUGUAAGUGAAUGGAAUAUUGAAGGUUUGCCAGGUGAUGAGCUGUCAGUUCAAAAUGGAAUCAUUACCACAAAAGCAUCUAGAUUUCCACUAUUGAUAGAUCCCCAAGGUCAAGGCAAGAGCUGGAUUAAAAGUAGAGAGAAAAAAAGACAUUUACAGGUUUCUUCAUUAAAUCAUAAAUAUUUCCGGCAACAUCUUGAAGAUGCUCUUUCCUUGGGGAGACCAAUGCUAAUUGAAGAUGUGGAAGAAGAUUUGGAUCCGUCCCUUGAUAAUGUCCUUGAGAAAAAUUUUAUUAAAUCUGGAUCGAUGUACAAAGUCAAAGUUGGUGAUAAGGAAUGUGAUGUCAUGAACACCUUCUAUCUGUACAUCACUACCAAACUGGCUAAUCCAGUCUACACACCAGAGAUCAGUGCUAGGACAUCAAUUAUUGAUUUUACUGUAACACAGAAAGGACUUGAAGAUCAACUUUUAGGACGUGUCAUUUUAACUGAGAAAGCUGAACUGGAGGAAGAACGCUCUAAACUAGUUCUUGAUGUGACUUCCAAUAAAAGAAGAAUCAAAGAAUUGGAAGAAAACCUUUUGUACAAGCUAACUAGUAUACAGGGCUCACUUGUAGAAGAUGUCACUUUGAUUGAAGUCUUGAAUACAACGAAAAAAACAGCAGCCGAAGUCAGUGAGAAAUUGGCUAUUGCAGCAGAAACUGAAGUGGAAAUUAAUACAGCAAGAGAAGAGUUCAGGCCAGUGGCGGCAAGAGGAAGUAUUCUCUAUUUCUUGUUAUGUGACCUGGUCAUGGUGAACAGAAUGUAUUCAAUUUCACUGACUCAGUUUCUAGUUCUAUUCGAUAACUCUAUGCACAGGUCAAAACCUCAUCCACAAACUCAGAAAAGAAUUUUGAACAUAAUUGAGUACUUGACCUAUGAGGUGUGGACGUAUACUUCACGAUCCCUCUACAACCAAGAUCGAUUACUUUUUACUUUAUUGCUGGCCAUUAAGAUUGAUAUGGCAAAGGGAAAUGUCAAAAUGCAAGAAUUUCAAAUUUUUAUUAAAGGUGGAGCAGCUUUAGAUUUAAAUGCUGUGACUCCCAAACCUGUCAGAUGGAUCACAGACAUGACAUGGCUUAACUUGGUCAUGUUAAGUUCAUUAUCUGCAUUUAGCAAUAUUCUGACUCAGGUUAGUAACAAUGACAAAGCUUGGAGAAAUUGGUUUGAUAAACCGAGUCCUGAAGAAGAAACAAUUCCUGAAAAUUAUAGCAACACGUUGGAGCCCUUCUCCAAGCUUCUUUUAAUAAGAUGCUGGUGUCCAGACAGAACUUCGGUGCAAGCUCGAAAGUAUAUUAGUUACUCACUGGGACUUAAAUUUACUGAGGCAAUCAUCCUUGACCUUGAAGCUAUGGUGGAAGAAACGAACCCUAGGAUACCUCUGAUUGCUUUGUUAUCAAUGGGCUCAGACCCAACCAAUGAAAUUGAAACUUUAGCAAAAAAACUAGAAAUUCCUUUUCAUGCAGUUUCUAUGGGGCAAGGACAAGAAGUUCAUUCGAGAAAAUUGAUUUCCAAUUUUAUGGAGCAUGGGGGCUGGGCACUGCUACAGAAUUGUCACUUGUGUUUGCAAUAUUUGGAUGAAGUGUUAUCAACAAUUCUAGAGACUGAGAACAUUUCCUUUCAAUUUCGUUUAUGGAUUACAACAGAAGUUCACAACUCAUUUUCCAUUGGAUUAUUACAGGUAUCAGUGAAAUUUACCAAUGAUCCACCGCAAGGGAUUAAAGCUGGUCUGAAAAGAACGUACACAUCCUUGUCACAAGAGUUUAUCGAUAUCUUCAAUUUACCCCAAUGGAGACCCUUGCUCUACACUGUGUCUUUCUUGCAUACAGUUGUCCAAGAAAGAAGAAAAUUUGGUCCCUUAGGAUGGAAUAUACCUUACGAAUUCAACUCAUCUGAUUGGGGAGCAAGUGUCCAAUUUAUUCAAAAUCAUCUUGAUGAUAUGGAUAUUAAAAGGGGAAUAUCUUGGCCAACUGUUCGCUAUAUGAUUGGUGAAGUUCAAUAUGGUGGUCGAGUUACUGAUGACUAUGACAAACGUCUUCUGAAUACUUUCACCAGGGUUUGGUUUGGUGACUUUAUGUUCAAUGAUAGUUUCCAGUUUUACAAAAACUAUAAAAUUGCAAGGAACAGAAUUAUGGCUGAGAUUCUUGACUUUAUCGAAGCACUCCCACCUGUGGACUCUCCAGAAGCCUUGGGUUUACAUCCUAAUGCAGAUGUGACGUAUCAAACUAACACAGCCAAACAAGUGUUAGAUACUAUUGUCAGCAUUCAACCGAAAGACUCAUCAGGUGGUGGAGGAGAAACACGAGAAACUGUGGUGUAUCGUUUGGCAGAUGAGAUGUUAAGCAAAUUACCAGCUGAUUACAUUCCCUGGGAUGUGAAAGCUCAGCUGAAAAAAAUGGGCAAUUUGCAGCCUUUAAAUAUUUUCUUGCGUCAAGAAAUAGAUCGUAUGCAAAAGAUCAUCACCAUUGUGAGACUAACACUUGGAGAUUUGAAACUAGCCAUUGAAGGCACAAUUAUCAUGAGUGAAAACUUACGAGAUGCCUUGGACAAUUUGUUUGAUGCCCGUGUGCCCAAACGCUGGAUUAGAUUUUCAUGGCAAAGUUCAACUAUUGGCUUUUGGUUUACUGAACUUCUUGAGAGAAAUGCUCAGUUUUUCACUUGGAUAUUUUCUGGUAGACCCAAUCUGUUUUGGAUGACAGGUUUCUUCAACCCACAAGGUUUUCUAACAGCUAUGAGACAGGAAGUCACCAGAGCCCAUAAAGGAUGGGCGCUUGAUACUGUAACUUUACACAACGAUAUGACUAAAUAUUACAAAGAAGACAUCAAUACAAGUCCACCUGAGGGAGUUUUCAUCUAUGGAUUGUAUUUGGAUGGAGCUGGCUGGGACAGAAGAUCUCUUAAACUGUGUGAAUCACAACCUAAAGUUUUGUUUAUUGCAUUGCCUGUGGUUCACAUAUACGCCAUCAACUCCACAGCACCAAAGGAUCCCAAGCUCUACCAGUGCCCAGUCUACAAGAAACCCUGUCGGACUGAUUUAACAUUUAUAACAACAAUUUUAAUGAGAACUUCUCAAAGUCCAGAUCAUUGGAUUCUGCGAGGAGUGGCAGCUUUGUGUGAUAUUAAAUGAGUGAUGAGUCAUUUAUUGAAGCUGUUGUGUAUUUUGAAGAGAAUAUUAACUAUAUAUGUAUAUUUGUGGGGAAAAAAGGAAAACAUCAAGCCAUAAAAAUAUAUUUUUGUUUAUUUUUGGUGGUGAGUUUUCUACAUACUCUACACAUUUGUUGAUUGACUUAGGAAAACUUUAUAUGAGACUUUUUAAAAACCUAUUUCUGAAUGUAUAAUUCACAUAACUUACUUUUCUGAAUAUAUAAUGUAUAUAUAACACUACUAGCCUACAUAGUAAUGUAUAGGUUACUGAACAUUCCUAAAAAAUAAAAGUAACCUAUUUCUUUGAUAAUAAAUCACUUCAUAAAGUAACGUUCGUGUUGCAAGAAGUUUUUGUUCAAAAAAAUGUUUGUAUUUAAAAAAAAACUGUUUAAAGAAACGCCAACAUUAUAUUGUUCACCACAUUCCACUAAGGAAAUCAUACUAUAUGUUUUAAAGGAUGUCAAUGAUAACUUUUGUGGGGGAAAAAAAGGAAAGCAUCAAUUCAUAAGAACAUAUUUCAUGCGUUUGGUUGGUGAGUUGUUUACAUAGUCUACACAUCAAUGCAGAAACACAUUUUCUAAGGUCUCCCGUUUACAGCACAAAAUAAUUUCAAUAAUAAUAAUAAAGCUUGUCUUCGAGUACGUAGCUUAUUGAGGAAUGCAGUAUUUCCCUUGUCUAGUCGCCCUAAUUAUCCCGAAAGUAAAAAUCACAGUCUUCACCGAGAUUUGAACCCGGGACCUCCGGUUCGGAAGCCAAGCGAAAAUAAUGUUAUGGGGACGUUAAAAUGGGGGAAGUUCGGCCAAAUUAUAAUGUGAGCAUUCGAUGCUAAGGAAAAAAAAGCUACGUCUAAAAAAGCAUCAAAAAAGAGUAUUUAAAUAUUUCGAUAAAGAAAAUGUACAGCCGAAGAAUAUUCAGAGAUUGUUUGUGGGAGAAAUUACGAUGCGCAGGUGAAAAGCAUAAAAAACAAAACGGGGUUCCAGAGAGAGAGAGAGCGAGAGAGCGGGCAGUGAAAUUUCAUUACACUAAUUCACGGGCUAAAAAAGGUUUGUUAGUUUGAAGCCUGGGACCAAAUCUCAACUCAAUUUUAGUAGUCAACCCCACCUCCUGGAUAAAGCCUAGCAUUUUCCCAGGAUCAAUGCAAUCUAACAGUGUUUUAAGGUUGUCUGUUCUAAAAUAUUUCCAUAUUAUAUCCUGGUAUCUGGGGCAAUCAAGAAGGAUAUGUUCUA